CCAGCAAGGCAGUGAUGGAGCCGGAGCCCCUCUACAACCUGCUGCAGCUCCCCGGGAGGGUGGACCUACCGGCCGGGGCGACACUCCCACAAGGAGAAAAGAAGAAGUUCCUGCCACCCACUUCCAGGAAGGAUCGCAAAUUUGAAGAACUGCAAAAGGUGCUGAUGGAGUGGAUCAAUGCUGAGCUCCUGCCCGAGCACAUCGUGGUCCGCAGCCUGGAGGAGGAUAUUUUCGACGGACUCAUCCUGCACCACCUUUUCCAGAAGCUGACUGGAGUCAAGCUGGACGUGGAGGAGAUCGCCUUGACCGCGGCUAGCCAGAGGCGCAAGCUCGCGGUGGUGCUGGAGGCCACCGGCCAGAGCCUGCGGGUGGAGGAGCCGCAGGCCAAGUGGAGCGUGGAGGGCAUCUUCAACAAGGACCUGCUGGCCACCCUGCAUCUCCUCGUGGCCCUGGCCAAGUGCUUCCGGCCGGACCUGCCCCUCCCGGCCGAUGUCAAGGUGGAGGUGAUCAUCAUGGAGAGCACCAAGAGUGGCCUGAAGUCGGACAUGUCGGUGGAGCAACUCACAGAGUGCGGCACAGACAAGGACCAACCUUCGAAGGACGUCUUCGAUGAAUUAUUUAAGCUGGCUCCGGAGAAAGUGAACGCUGUGAAAGAGGCUGUAGUGAACUUCAUCAACCAGAAGCUCGACCGCCUGGGCCUGUCCGUGCAGAAUCUGGACACCCAGUUUGCAGAUGGAGUCAUCUUACUCUUGCUGAUUGGACAACUGGAAGGCUUCUUCCUGCACUUGAAGGAAUUCUAUCUCACUCCCAAAUCUCCUGCGGAAAUGCUACACAACGUCACCCUGGCCCUGGAGCUGCUGAAGGAUGAAGGCCUUCUCAAUCACCCCAUCAGCCCCGAAGACAUCGUGAACAAGGACGCCAAAAGCACGCUGCGGGUCCUCUACGGCCUGUUUCGCAAGCACAAGCUGAGAGAAAGCACGGACGGGGUGCCCCUGGAAUCCCCAAAUUAACCGUCACGGCCCCCCAAAUCUGCUUCUCAGAGCCUGCCUGCCAGGCGCAGCUGGAGGUCCUGAGGGCCGCCGGGGGGACCUCCUCGCCGUCCAGCCGGGCCCUGGGCCUCCCACUCUUAGCCUGCGUCUGCGGCACGCCCCAGCCCCCCUUUCCUCUCUGCUGUUUCCAUCGGUCUGAAUAUCUUUGAACUCAGUAAGCGUGGGUUCGAUCUGAGCCAACCUCUGGCCUCGCUCGGUUUCUUUUAGCAAAUGUAUUUCUGGGAGGGAUUUGCGGAGCCUGCCGUUGUCCUGGGAAGGGCCCCGCUAAAUGUGCAUGAAUAUGAGCUGACCCCGCCCCCCCCCCGCGGCCUCUCUCCCCACAGGGUGGGUGCGGGAGGGGCUCUUGUCUCCGAGGCCACCCCUGGGGUAGCCGAGAGCCCAGCAGUGCUGACCUGCAUUGGGGCCGAGGGUCCAGCCCUGGAGCAGGACCGCCCCUCAGGUGUCAGGGGUGACCUGCCGGCAGAGACCCGCCUGCCCCCACUCAGCUACUGCAGCUCGCCUGCCUCUCGAGUGGGGUGAUGGCCCCAGCGUCACCCUCGAGAGGCAGGAGCCCUAAGUGGCUCCCAAACCCGGCCGCUGUGCCCCUCGGGAAAGUCAAUUCAGUUACUUUUCAGAGGAGCCGUGGCCCAGGCCCAGCCCUAUGGCCUCGAUGGUGAGCUUUGCCCAAAAGUCACAGAGAAGACGUCUCUGUGGCUGAUGAGUGGGUCAGAUCGUCUCCCAGUCAGUCCCCAGGGAGCUGCGGGGUGUGUGUGUGUGUGUGUGUGUGUGUGUGUGUGUGUGUGUGUG